AGAUAUAAUGAGAUUUUGAUGAGUUUCUUUUUUGUCUGCAUCUCACAGACUUUGUGCGUCAUCAGUCCAUUCCCAUUCAGUCCAUGUCAGCAGACAUCUUCGCCUUUAAAGAGGACAUCUAUGUGGCGAUGGCUGCCCCCAACUACAACAGCUGUGUGGUCAUGGAGUGGGAUCACAUUGAAAUGAAUUUCAGGAAAUUUGACAAUAUAACAGGGAAGUCUGUUGUUGGCUGCAAGUCGGUUCUGAUCGACGACCACGUCUUGAUAAUUGUUACCCAGCUCUUUGGUGGCUCCCAUAUUUACAAGUUUGACAAUCGGCAAAACAAGUACACAAAGUUUCAAACAAUUGAGGUCUUCAACAUCUCGAAGCCAAAUGAUAUCGAGGUCUUCCAAAUGGACGGUGAGUGGUACUUUGUGAUUGUGGACAGCUCCAAGGCAGGUUUGUCUACUCUGUACAAGUGGACAGACCAACCAGACCGCAAUGAAACUGGUUUCUACUCCUACCAGUUUCUACACGAGUGGUUUCGUGAUACAGACGCUGAGUUUGUCGAGUUGGAUAGGAAGUCCUAUCUUAUCUUGACCAGUCGCUCUCAGUCACCUGUAAUCUACUUGUGGAACAAGAGCACCCUGAAGUUCAUAUUUCAUCGUGAAAUCACAAAUGUCGAUGACAUCGUGGCAGUAAAAUCUUUCCGGGUGGAGGAUGAGUUGUAUCUGGCCAUGACUUGCUACAUCGGUGACUCCAAAGUCCUCAAGUGGACCAAUAAGCAGUUCACUGAGGUGCAGGCUCUACCUUCUCGAGGAGCGAUGAUCCUCCAACCUUUCACCUUCACAGACAAGCACUACCUUGCUCUUGGCAGCGAUUAUUCUUUCACACAAAUCUACCUCUGGGAUGUGGAGACCAAAACGUUCCACAAGUUUAAGGACAUUUAUGUGCAGUCGCCCCGAUCCUUUACAGCAAUGACCACUGACCGGAGGAAUUUCAUCUUCUCCUCCAGCUUAAAGGGCAAAUCGAUGGUUUUUGAGAAUAUUAUUGUAGAUUUGAGCUUAUAAUGUCUAGCAAAAUAAUGACUUAUCACAGUAUGAGUUGGUGACUCAGAUCAAUAUUUGCGUGUAUGCUACAAAGGAGUCUCAAAUGCUGUAUAUCUUUCUUCUGCAAUUAGAUAUAUCUUUCUUGAUUUGAGACAAACAUCUUUGGCAAGUUCAUAUGUAUUUCUAACAAUUAUGGAGAUAUGACAGGUCCAAAGUAGUAAACUGAAUUCUGACAGGAAUACAAAAACAUUGUAACCAUUUGAAAUGUAAACAGCAUGAAGAUAUUGUUAUGGCAUACAAGAUAUUAUCUUAAGAGGUGUUGGCUUUAAUUGUAAUUAUUUUAAGCAAACAAUGGCCAAUGCCCCCCCACACAGCUUGUAAGAAACUUAUCCAUUAAUGGCUGCAUAAAAUGUAAAGACCAUGUGAAACGUUGGUGGUCAUUCAAAAGUGACGAUGGCCUAAAUCUCUGCACUACUCUACAAUGAAAAAAACACAGAUUUUUAUGUCGCCUCAAAGUGAACACUCAAGGUGUCAGUAUGUAAGGUGUUGAAAAUGAGAUGAUGGCACACUCUUUCCUGUAAGGUAUUAAUGGUAUUGCACCCAGUUGUACACAAAACAGGAACGUAAUUGUUACUGUUAAAAAGGAAAAAGAGAGCUCAAACCCUCCUUACAUUCUCACUUCCUCUCACCUGGCCAAAUUGCUUGUGAAGUGGGUGUGCUUGUUGGAAUGUCUGUUUUAGAAAAUAACAGAAAUGGUUGGAUGCAGUUAAAACAACAAAAUAAUUGGGAGUGGGCUAAAAUACUGUAAGUGAUUUGUUUGAAACAAUUGGAGCAGUCAGUCAAAAUGUUGAAGCCACUCAUCCCAGUAACUGUCAUGAUUUAAAUGUGCAUGAAAUAAAGGUUUUCUUCAAAAUCUUUCACCCAAAAAUCCAGAUGAAUGUAUUAGCAACAUAUUAUGAGCUUAAGCCUAACUGCACACCAGUUAUAACAAGCUACUGUAUUUACAGAGUGCCUGAUUAGUGUCAGAACUAAUUAUAAUUUAAUCCUGAUUCCUAUGCAAAAUGUAUGCUCUCAUACAGUGUUGCUCUCAAUUACAAUCACAAGGAUAAUUGUGUGUUGCAAUGUGACUUGAAAUGAUAUUUACAUGGUCCUAAGACACACACGUGUGUCUUUACAGAUCUUUUGAUAUUUUUCAUGUAUUGUACAGAAAUUAAAGUGUGUUUGGCUGACGUUUUCACACACAUAACACUGGCAUGAUGUGCAAAUUAGGCCAUGGUCUCUAUAGACUGUCAAACAUCUUAAAGUCACAAAAUGUUAACAAGAUCUAGCAUAAGCAAUGUGUUUUUGUUAGCAUUUCAGAUUUCUUGGGGAAAAAAACAUUAUUGCCCCUCAUGUCUUUACUAGCAAUGAUGUAUAUUUUCCACUCUACUAAGCUCAAGCUACAGCUGUGUAAAUGCUGUGUGAAUGCAAUAAAAAAACAUUUAACC